UCUGACCGGAAGCUCUUUAUCUCUUCUUCUGCUGAUUUUUCACUGUGUCGCGCUUGACGGAGCGGCAGUCGGUGCGGAAGUCUUUUCAUCCUGCAGGAGUAGAAGAAGAAGAGGCUUCUCCUUCGUCUCAACUUUCCGCCUGAACGCAACAAACCUCCGGACAGGAACCUUCCGGAGUCCUGGGGAUAUCCACACACGCGCCGCCGACUGCAACAGCUUCUCCGCUGUCCUCCGGUACCCACGGCGAUGGCCAGGCUGAGCCACAGUGAUCAUGUCCUCCAGCAGCUCAACAACCAGCGGGAGUGGGGCUUCCUGUGCGACUGCCUCAUCGCCAUUGGUGACAUCUACUUCAGGGCACACAAGGCCGUCCUGGCAGCCUGCAGCUCAUACUUCAGGAUGAUGUUCAUCCGGGACCAGCAGGGGGCGGGGAGACUGGACCUCAGCAACAUGCAGAUCAGCGCCGAGUGCUUCGACCUCAUCCUGCAGCUCAUGUAUCUGGGACGCAUCGUCGUGGGUAGCUAUGAGUUUGAGGAGCUCAAGGCCUCCAUGGCAUACCUGCAGAUGUACUAUAUCCCUGACUCACUGGAGGAUCUCAGGGACAUCAGGAGCUCCAACCUCACCCCGUCCUCCUCAGCCUCAGCCUCCUCUUCCUCGUCCAGUUCCUCCACCGGCUCUGCCAGAGGAAAGAUGAUGUUUGGAGUGCGCAUGUAUGAGCAGCAGAAGCCUGCUUCACCGGAAGCGGAGCGUUUGCCAAAGGCUGUCAACAGCAGCACCGGGUGUCCAGCUGUUCCAGCAGCUGUCACUAGGCCAGUGGUGGCAGAGGAGGUGGUGAACGGUCCUCUGAUAGUGGCACCGCCAGUUGUGGAUGGGCUGGUGGAGCAGCCAUGUGACUUGAGAAAGAGGUCCAGUGGCAGGAGUUCAACUCUCAAAGACCGUCCCCGGUUCGGCCGCACCUACACCUGCGACGACUGUGGCUUUGUCUUCAGUUGCGAGAAGCUUUUAAUCGAACACAUCUUGACCUGCACCAACCGGAAGGCCUACCAACCGCCAAGAGGGAAUGUUGAAGGUGACAAUGAGUCCAGUAAAGCUGAGAGCUCUGCCUCUGAGAGCAUAGAGGAACACAGGGCCAUGUGUAAAGGCGAGGAUGACUGGCCCGAGGCCAAGGGCGACUCAGACUUCACCAUCAGGUUAGUGGCAACAGGGACAGACGGUGAGCCCGGGCCAACCAGAAGCAUCUCCAUCAAGACGGAACCGGAGGAAGGCAUGUUUCCUGAGAUCGAGGUGGUCCGGGUCGGUGAGCCCUGUACCAGAGACUGUAGCACACGGGUCAGUGAUGCCAAGCGUAAGGACUUGCUGAUGGAGAAAACUGUGUCCAGUCGUGAACCAGAGCCUAGUGUCUCAGGUCUGGAGAACAGUAGUGAGCCUUUUGAAGGCCACAUGUCCAGUAGCGACGAUUCAGGGAUUCCAGCAAAGCUUCGUAAGGUCAAAGACGAGCAGCGGGACACCGACUGUACCCCCUGUGAACUGUGUGGUGCUGUGGUGAUGGAGGAGGACAAGUCAGCCCACUACCUGUCCAACCACAUGGGCCAUAUUUGUGCCUGUGGCCGGUGUGGCCAGGUGCUGAUCAAAGGGCGGCAGCUCCAGGAGCACGCAGAGCGCUGUGGAGAAUCCCGUGGUGGUGAGUCAGACUCCCACGGGGAGGAUGAGGCGUCCCUGCUGGAGGAGCCGCAAGGGAUGGAGGAGGGCCUGCUGGAGGCACCUGACCUGGGCUGCCCUCACUGUGGUCUGCUGUUCCAAAAUGAAAGUCUGGCGCUGGAGCAUGCCCUGUCCUGCCACGACCAGGAGCUGUUCCGACCAGUACUGCUGGAAGAAGGCGGUGAACCAGACCACCGCCGCAAACACUUCUGCAGCAUCUGUGGCAAAGGCUUCUACCAGCGCUGCCACCUGCGGGAGCACUACACCGUCCACACCAAGGAGAAGCAGUUCACCUGCCAGACCUGUGGGAAGCAGUUCCUGCGGGAACGUCAGCUCAGGCUGCACACCGACAUGCACAAAGGCAUGGCACGGUACGUGUGCCCAGUUUGCGACCAGGGAACCUUCCUCAAACACGACCAUGUCCGACACAUGAUCUCCCACCUGUCGGCCGGGGAAACCAUCUGCCAGGUUUGUUUCCAGAUCUUUCCCGGCGGAGAACAGCUGGAGAAACACAUGGACGUCCACCUUUACAUCUGCGGCGUCUGUGGAGAGAAGUUCCGCCUCCGUAAAGACAUGAGGAGCCACUAUAACUCCAAGCACACCAAGAGACUGUAGGAACCCGACCGGCCUCUGCUCUAGCUGACUGUUACAAAAGCCAUAAAUGUGAGAACAAAUGUAUGCACUUGAACACCAAAAAGACAGCUUUGUAUCUGCACUUUUAAAGUAUAUGCAUAACCUAAGCAUGGACUGUGAGCAGCGGGGCUGGUGAUUGGUCAGCCUGCAGCUGGUGGAUACAACGCCAAAAGAACCCAGAAUCAGGACUUUAGGAGACCAUUGUCCGUGUUUGUCAGAAGCAGCUUAUGUAGAUGAAACGGUCCACCCUGGCUGUAGACUCGGCCUCAGGAGUUCCCCCCCCCCCAUUGGGUUUUAUGCAGAAAUGGUGAUAAAUGAUAUUUGCAUUUCAGACACAGACAUCUGACAGGAACAGGUGCCCGUCUGUAGUUCCCAGAGUCUGCAGCCCAAAGACAUCCUUGUUAGAGGAGCUGGGACCAGUUACCCAGUGGUUGAUCUCCUGUCAACUAGCUAAUCUGUGGCCCAGCAAAUCAUUUUAGCCAAAGUCCUGUUUCUGUCAUGGGUGUUCCUUGACCAGUCUCUGGCCUGUGGAGAACUCUCCCAUCAUGCAGCUGACCGGUUCACCACAGAGUUGCUCACAGUGUGGUGUUGCUGUGCGACGGGCAGUCGGUUCUGACAGGAAGCAGCACAGCCGUGUCCUCGGAGCUCGCUGAGGUCACUGUUCACCGAGCAGUGGCCGCAGCGAGUGCAGGCACUGCGGUGGUGUGCGCUACCUGUCCUCCCUGUAACCUGGUGAUCACAGCCCAUGCUGUCCCUGUGAGAGACGCCGGGUGAGUUUGUGUUCAGAGCGAUUGCCCGUCCAAGUGUCUGUCAGCAUCUCGGAUGGCUGCGGUGUCUCAGGCUUCGUUUUCCAGCCUUGAUGUCAGCUUGUUUCCCAGAAUACUAAAGUGUCCGACGAAAUGCAUUGAGUUUUCACGUUGCUGUUUUCAGCACAGUCAGUUUGAUCAGCACAUCUUCACUCACUGUGUCCCUCUGGCCCAUGUGCUCCGUGGUCGGUGCCUUUACUGUAACGGUUGCAUGCACUAGCUGCAGUGUGGCGUCUUGGACUUUCCUCACUAUCCACCUCACAGUGCGGUGUGACGGGGGACGGACGGGCACAGUAAUGACCCCCCUUCCAAAGUGAAUCUGCACAGAGCAGGUUAAGAAAAUGCAACACU